AUGACCAACAUGAGCUGGAGCUUCCUGACGCGGUUGCUGGAGGAAAUCCACCACCACUCCACGUUCGUGGGCAAGGUGUGGCUCACGGUGCUGGUGGUCUUCCGCAUCGUGCUCACGGCUGUAGGAGGCGAGUCCAUCUACUCGGACGAGCAGACCAAGUUCACGUGUAACACCAGGCAGCCAGGCUGCGACAACGUCUGCUACGACGCCUUCGCACCCCUGUCCCACGUGCGUUUCUGGGUCUUCCAGAUUGUGGUCAUCUCCACGCCUUCCGUCAUGUACCUUGGCUACGCCGUGCACCGCCUGGCCCGCGCCGCACAGCACGAGCGCCGCCGGGCUUCCCGCCGCAGCCCCGGGCCCCGCGCGCCCCCCGCGCCCCUGCCACUGCCCCCGCCGUCCCACCACAGCUGGCCCCAGGCCAUCGACCUGGGCGAGGAAGAACCCAUGCUGGGCCUGGGCGAGGAGGAUGAGACGGGGGCGGCAGAGGGCCUGGGCGAGGAGAACGAGGCGGAGGAUGAGAGCGCGGCCAAGGAUGCCGGCGGGGACGCCAAGGCGGCGGGGACCCCGGGCCCCAACGGGCCGCACGACGGGCGGCGGCGCAUUCAACGCGAGGGCCUGAUGCGCGUGUACGUGGCCCAGCUGGUGGCGCGGGCCGCCUUCGAGGUGGCGUUCCUGGUGGGCCAGUACCUUCUGUAUGGCUUUGAGGUGCCGCCCUUCUUCCCAUGCAGCCGCCGGCCCUGCCCACACGUGGUCGACUGCUUUGUGUCGCGGCCCACCGAGAAGACGGUCUUCCUGCUGGUCAUGUACGUGGUCAGCUGCCUCUGCCUGCUGCUCAACCUCUGCGAGAUGGCGCACCUGGGCCUGGGCAGCGCGCAGGAUGCUGUGCGAGCCCGUCGCCCCCCGGCCGCCGCUCCCAGCCCGGCACAGCGCCCGCCGCCCUGCCCACUCCCCGCCGCGCCCGCCGGCCUGGCCUGCCCGCCAGACUACAGCCUCGUGGUGCGCGCGGCAGAGCGCGCGCGCGCCCGCGAUCCCGAUCUGGCCAGCCUGGCGCUGCGGGCCCUGCGGGACCGGCACGCGCUCGGGGACCAUGACCGCCCACCCUGCUCCGGCCUCCCCGCGCCCACACGGGGGCCCCCGAGGGCCAGCGCGUCCGCUUCCGGGUCAGGCAGUGCUACGUCGGGGGGCACGGGCGGGGGCCAGGGCCGGCCAGGGGCCAAACCGAGGGCAGACUCAGAGAAGGGCAGUGCCAGCAGCAGGGAGGGAAAGACCACCGUGUGGAUCUGA